AUGGCUUUCAUCUGAAAGUAUCACUCAUCCUGCUGAGCUGCUUGUCUGCUAUAGUAUCAGUUUGAGCAGAGCCAUGGAGAGACAUGGGCAGAAAGUGGUGCUGAUCACAGGCUGUUCCUCCGGCAUUGGCCUGAGGAUUGCCGUAAUGCUGGCCGAGGAUGAAAAGCAGCGCUAUCACGUAAUAGCUACGAUGCGUGACCUGAAACGUAAAGAUAAUCUGGUGAAAGCUGCUGGGGAUUUGUACGGCAAAACUCUUUUUGUGGCUGAACUGGACGUCUGCAGUGACGAGUCGAUAAAACAGUGUAUCGACAGCAUCAAAGAUCGACACAUAGACAUCCUCAUAAGUAAUGCAGGCAUCGGCCUGGUGGGUCCAGUGGAGAGCAUCCCUAUGGACGAGAUGAACAACGUCUUUGAGACCAACUUCUAUGGAUCAGUUCGCCUGAUCAAGGAGGUGAUGCCUGACAUGAAGAAUAGGAGAGCGGGACGCAUCAUAGUGAUGAGCAGUGUGAUGGGACUCCAAGGGGUGGCGUUUAACGAGGUAUACGCAGCUUCCAAGUUUGCUCUUGAGGGCUUCUGCGAGGGUCUGGCUGCGCAGCUUUUGAGUUUUAAUGUCAUAUUAUCAAUGCUGGAGCCAGGCCCCGUGCACACAGAAUUUGAAGUAAAGAUGAUUCAGGGCAUGAAAGAGAAGGAGUGGCCUAGUGUUGAUCCUGACACAGUGAAUGACUUCAGGAAUUUCUAUCUCCCUGGUGCUGUGGAUAUCUUUGAGAUACUGGGACAAACACCUGAUCACAUUGCCAAACGUACAAUGAGCAUGAUCGAAGCCAGCAAUCCAUAUUUCCACAAUCUGACCAACCCGCUGUACUCACCCCUUUUAGCGCUGAAAUAUGGCGAUGAAACUGGACGCCUGUCUCUCCAGGCCUUGUACUGCAUGCUAUUUACCCUGCGUCCUUUGAUGAACGUCAGCAUGCCCGUCCUGAAGUGCCUCACCUUUGGGUUCAUGAGGAAAUGGAGAAUUUCACCAAACUAGGCUUGAACAAUGUUUUGCGCAACCGUCUGAAUAAUAACUCAAACACUAUGAGUGUCUUUUUUGCUUUUGCAAAAAAUGCAUUUUGCUAAUAUGAACAACCCAAAGUUGCAAAUCAAUCACAAAUAAAGAAGACUAUAAGAAAGCUAGUCUUACACUAACAUUUUCAAAGAGUUUUUUGUCACUUUUCACAUUUCAUGCUGUUGAUAUGCAGUCUGCAUUGUAGUGAAGAGAAAUACACUAUACUCCCAAAAGUAUUCACUUAUCCUCCUUUGCAUUUAUAUCACAUUGAGUGACAUCACAUUCAUAAUCCAUAGUGUUCAAUAUGAUGCUAGUCCACUCUUUGAAGUUAUAACAGCUUCAACUCUUCUGGGGAGGCUUUCCAUGAGGUUUAGGAAUGUGUUUCUGGGAAUUUUGAUCAUUCUUCCUGAAGCACAUUUCUAAGGUCAGACAAUGAUGUUGGAUGAGGAGGCCAGUCAAGGUUUUCUACACCCAACUUCAAUGUCUUAAUGGACCUUUCUCAGAGAUGUUAGAACAGUUCCCAAAAUCAGCUGGAAGCAUGAAAUUAUCCAAAAUAUCUUGGUAUGCGGAAGCAUUUAGAGUAUAUUUCACUGGAACUAAGGGGCCGAGCCAAACUCCUGAAAAACAAAGCCACACUAUAAUCCUCCCUCCACCAAACUUUACACUUGGCACAGUGCAGUCAGACAAAUACGGUCCAAACCCACAUUUUCACCACUGCAUCCAACGCUUUGCAUUCUGCAUUCUGUCAAUGUAAAGCUUGGAUGGAAACCCUUUCCAUGAAGCUCUCUACAUACUGCUCUUGAGCUGAUCUGAAGGCCACAUGAAGUUUGGAGGUCUGCAGAAAGUUGGCGACCUCCGGACACUAUACUCCUCAGCAUCCACUUUUACAUGGCCUCCCACUUCGUGGCUGAGUUGGUCUGGUUCCCAAUCACUUCCACUUUGUUAUACUACCGCUAAGAGUUGGCUGUGGAAUAUUUAGUAGUGAGGAAAUUUCACAACCUUAUUUGUUGCACAGGUGGCAUCAUGUCACGGUACCACGCUCGAAUUCACUGAGCUCCUGAGAGCGAGCCAUUCUUUCACAAAUGUUUGUAGAAACGGUCUGCAUGCAGGAAUUCAAGAAUUUGGAUCACUGAGUGAAUACUUUUGACAAUAUAGUGUAUCUAUGUUCUCCUUUAUAGGACGUUAUGUUUCUGAAUAUAAAGAAACUGUAGCACAGUUCAGUUUAAUUGAUGCAGAUUUUAAAGGAUGUUAUCCUAUGCAGACUGCUAAACGAGCAGGAUUCACACUUACAAGACAACAUAGCAUUGCUUUACUUCAUUGUUUUAUCCUCAUCAGUCCAAGACACUCUAAUUUGUUCAGAGAGAACUCCAUCACGUCUGUAGCCUGAUCUGUAGCCUCUGCAUCAUUGUUUGAUUUCUUUUUCUCAUCAGUAUAUUAAAGUAAACAUCUUUGGGA